GCCAAGGCUCCGCCCCCACUGCGCACUCCAGCUACUGCAGCGGCUCCCUUGCGCCCCGGAAGCUGCCCCUGUUUGGGGGUCAUGAUGGGCAGCAAGAUGGCGUCUGCCAGCAGGGUCGUCCAGGUAGUGAAACCACAUACUCCGUUAAUAAGGUUCCCUGACAGAAGAGACAAUCCUAAACUCAGUGCCUCAGAAGCUUUGGGAUCAGCAGGACUACCAUCUCACUCUUCCAUGAUUUCACAGCAUUCUAAAGGAGGUGCAUCACCAGGUCUAUUGAUGAACCAGGGCCCACCAGACACGGCAGAAAUAAUAAAAACAUUACCUCAGAAAUACAGAAGGAAACCUCUAUCUCAGGAAGAAAUGGAAUUUAUCCAGCGUGGAGGUCCAGAGUAAUCACUGUGGCUGCUGUUUGUCAUCAUACAAAAGAAUUAUCUUUACAAUAAAGGACUCCCAAAAUAACAAAUGAAAAAUUGUAUAUUAAACAACCUUAAUAAAUAUUCUGCAAAAAGACUGAAAUAUAGAAAAUGUAGAUGGAUUCUUGUAUCUCCUAAUUUAUGUAUCUUGGUUGGCUUCUCCACAAGCUUACCUAAUUGUUUCUGUACUUUAUACUUAUUAAAGUCUACAUUUUAAAAUGUUAA